CAUCUACGUUUUCCUCAACGUGUAACCAUGUCACUGAUUGACAAAUUCAGUAAAAAAUAAAGACAACUAGAGGAUGGAAAGAGUUACGAACUUACGACUCUAGAGUUUCUAAACUGUUUUAUAAAGAUGGAGCACAUAGGGAUAAUAGAUGUUCAUAAUAUGUAAAAAAGUGGGUUUCUUGACCCAUAAAAAAAAUGCUGCUCCAUCCUGUUCGUAUCUUCCUUUUCCUUUUUCUCUCUUCCCUUUGUUUACUACAGAUCAAAGCUGCUGAAAGUGGCUUGGGUGUUCAUAUCAAAGUAGACCCGAAACUCAAGUUCGAGAACCCGAAGCUACGUGAAGCAUACAUCGCUCUCCAGUCAUGGAAACUAGCAAUCUUCUCUGACCCUUUCAACUUCACAGCCAACUGGAACGGCUCAGACGUUUGCUCCUACAAUGGAAUCUACUGCGCUCCUCUUCCUGGCGCAUACAACAAAACAAGAGUCGUUGCAGGCAUUGACCUUAACCAUGCCGACAUGGCUGGUUACUUACCAUCCGAGCUUGGUCUCCUUUGUGACCUCGCUCUCUUCCACCUUAACUCAAACCGUUUCUGCGGUGAAGUUCCUCUCUCAUUCAACCGCAUGAAGCUUCUCUACGAGCUUGAUCUUAGCAACAACCGAUUCGUCGGUAAGUUCCCUAAGGUUGUCCUCUCUUUACCGUCCCUUAAGUUCUUGGACCUUCGCUACAACGAGUUCGAAGGCAAGAUCCCGUGGAAGCUCUUCGAUAAAAAGCUCGACGCUAUAUUCUUGAACCAUAACAGGUUCCGGUUUGGGAUCCCCAAGAACAUGGGGAACUCUCCGGUCUCUGCUUUGGUUCUUGCGGACAACGAUCUUGGAGGAUGCAUACCUGGAAGUAUCGGUCAAAUGGGAAAGACACUCAACGAGAUUAUCCUCUCUAACGAUAACUUAACCGGUUGUUUACCUCCUCAGAUCGGUAACCUCAAGAAAGUGACGGUUUUCGACGUCAGUUCGAACCGUCUACGUGGUCCGUUACCGGCUAGCGUCGGUAACAUGAAGAGCUUGGAAGAGCUUCACGUGGCUAACAAUGGCUUCACUGGAGUCAUUCCUCCAAGUAUCUGCCAGCUUCCUAACCUUGAGAACUUCACUUACUCUUCCAACUUCUUCACCGGUCGUGCUCCUAUAUGCGCCGCUCUAUCGGUGGCCGAUGCUAUUGUGAACGGUUCCAUGAACUGUUUAACCGGUGUGGCUCGUCAGAGAUCGGUUAAGGAGUGUUUAUCUCUGUUGGCUCGACCUGUUGAUUGUAGCAAGUUUGGUUGUUAUAAUAUUUUCUCUCCGCCGCCACCGACGUUUAAGAUGUCACCUGUUGUGAGGAAACUUCCUCCACCAGUUUAUGUUUACAAGUCGCCUCCACCACCGUCGUCCAAGAUGUCUCCCACCGUGAGAGCUUAUUCUCCGCCGCCACCACCGUCGUCUAAGAUGUCGCCUACCGUGAGAGCAUACUCUCCGCCUCCACCACCGUUGUCCAAGAUGUCGCCUACUGUUCGAGCUUACCCUCCACCACCACCACCAUCUCCAUCUCCUCCACCGCCUUACGUAUACUCAUCUCCUCCUCCACCACCACCUUAUGUCUACUCAUCUCCUCCUCCUCCACCUUACGUGUACUCAUCUCCUCCACCACCGCCUUACGUAUACUCAUCUCCACCUCCGCCUCCUCCAAGUCCACCACCGCCUUACAUAUACUCAUCUCCACCUCCCCCUCCUCCAAGUCCACCACCACCUUAUGUAUACUCAUCUCCACCACCACCUUACGUAUACUCAUCUCCUCCUCCACCACCUUACGUGUACUCAUCUCCUCCACCUCCACCAUACGUAUACUCAUCUCCACCUCCACCACCUCCAAGUCCACCACCACCAUGUCCUGAAUCAUCUCCGCCACCGCCUGUUGUAUACUAUGCACCAGUGACACAAAGCCCACCACCACCAUCACCCGUAUACUAUGCACCGGAAAUACAAAGCCCUCCCCCUCCAACACCAGUAUACUAUGCACCGGAGACACAAAGUCCACCACCGCCAGCACCAGUAUACUAUGCACCGGAACAAAGCCCACCCCCGCCAACACCAGUAUACUAUGCACCGGAAACACAAAGCCCACCCCCGCCAACACCAGUAUACUAUGCACCCGAACAAAGCCCACCCCCUCCAUCACCGGUAUACUAUCCAUCACAAACACAAAGUCCACCACCACCAUCACCAGUAUACUAUCCAUCGGAAACACCAAGUCCUCCACCACCAACUGAGUACUACUAUGCACCAGCCCAGUCUCCGCCACCAGCAAAGGGAUGUACAGAAAGCCAUCCUCCACCAACACAAGCACCUCCUACUUACGAACCAACACCUGAAUAUUCAUACACAUCGUCACCACCACCGGUUCCUUCCUACUCCGACACGUCUCUACCACCGAUUCCAAGUGUCUCGUAUGCUUCGUCUCCUCCUCCUCCGUCAUACUACUAGUUUCAAAUAAUUGAGUAAAAAAAUGCAUUGCCUUACAACUACUCAUAAUUAUAUUCUUUUGGCUGCAAGACAUUGAUUUGUGUGUUUGGUUGAUUUAAACAAAAAAAAAACAUUUGAAUUAUGUUUUUCUUAUUUCCAUAUUUUUCUUUUGAAUAUUUUGUUCUCUCUUUUUUUUUUCCCUCUAACACAGAGCUGCAUUAGCAGCAAUGGAGUAUAUAGUUUCAGUUUAUAAUCUUA